CGCUCUAUACUUUUAUAACGCCGAGCAGAUAAUCUUCAUGAACCCUAAUUUGUCAAAGAGCCUCUCAUUCUUGAAGUGAAGGAAGUUAUCGUGCAUGCGAUGUUGAUGCUGAAUUUGUUUGAAACAGUACUGAUCAAUAAUACGAUUGCUCUUAGCCCGAUUCAUGCUCACGAUUUGCAGGUCUUUCAUGUAUUUGCUCAACUUCUGUGGGUCUCCCCUUUUUUUCGGUGCACCAUACAUCCACGCCCAAGGCUUGAAUGACAUAUGCGUGGACCAGCCCGUAAAUCACACCUUAUGGAAGCAGUUCAUUUACAAACUCAACUCGGAAUGGGAGGCCUUCACCCUAUACUCCACAGUGAUCUUAAAUGUCAUUAUCGCCUUCCUCGAUGACCCUAACGUCAAUACUGUCGUCCGAAUAUCCAGCUAUCUACCCACUAUCAACAUUGUCAGUGCGAUCAUUCUAGGCUUGCUUCUCAUGUGUCAUAAUCGCACGCAUAAACAAGAGUCUGCAGAGGAUGCCGUAAGCUAACACAUGUUGGUUGGAGCAUCGAUCUGGUUUAGGUUGUUUCUAAUCUUUAUGACCUGAACACAUUCCUCCUGAGGGUCAUCAUCUUCC